AGGUAGCUCGCAUUUCCCGGCGAGCGGCGACGCCCGCACCACCUGUCGCCCGUCCCGUCGCGCGGGCGGGGAGGACCGCGGGGACAUGGCCCGGUAGAGCGCGCGGGGAGACGGUGCGGGGUUCGGUCCGAGGGACGGACGGCCCCGGCCCGGGGCGCGCGGGGCCCGCGGCAGCAUGAAAAAGACCCAGACGGUGCAGGGCACCUUCAGCAAGAUCUUCGGCAAGAAGCACUCCAGCCCCAACGCCACCUCCCUGUACGCCACCAACCCGCCCUGGAUCUUCGCCCAGGAGGCCCCGGACGAGGGCGCCAGGGUCCUGGAUGGGAUCUAUUACGGAGACAGUCGGUUUGACACGGAGAGCGAGUCGGGAACAGCCACGCUGAAAGCUCGGCCCAGAGUGCGGCCCCUGCUGACCUUCCUUCCGCUGAAUGCCCAGGAGAACCAUGGCCUGGCUGUGCCCACCCCCUCUGUCCCAGAAGACUUUGCAGACAAGGAAGUGACAGGUACCAGCCCACUAGCCAAUGGCAGCCUCCGACUGUACAGCUCUGUGGGCGACCUCAGGCCUGGGCACUAUGGCCAGGACCCGCUCAUCCCCCCACCUCCCCCCGGCCCCGCCCCAGGGCCACCUCCAGGACCUCCCCCAGACACUUCGCCACCUCCAGGGGAGUCCCCGCCACCACCUCCACCUUCCAUGGCUUCCUUGCCACCUGCCCUGCUGCUGGAACCCCCACCGCCACCCAACAUGGCCCCUCCUCCACCCCCAGUAUCAGGGACCCUGUCCCCCCCAACCACACCCACCCCUCCUGAUUUCAUUCCCCCUGCCCCGCCCUUGGCCUUUGUAGCCCCACCCCCGCCCCCUAUGCCGGCCCCAGCACCCCCAGCUCCAGUGUCUCCUCACUCUAUGAGGACUCACCUCUUUCCCCCUGCGGGUGUCACCAAAUGGAAAUCAGAGGUAACACUGAAUGGCAAGCAGCCAGAGGCCCCCAGAACCAGCCCCCCCAGGAGCCCUGCUGAGCCAAAGGGGAGCCCCCUAGGACCUAAGCCAGAGUCCCACCUCACCUUCCCCCGUUCAUUCAAGGUGCCUCCCCCAACCCCAGUCAGGACCUCGUCCAUCCCAGUGCAGGAAGCACCCGGGGCUCCUGCCGAGGGAGAAGGGGCCACCCAGAAGGCCCCCAGCCGACUCCCACUGCCCCCCAGCUUCCACAUCCGCCCCGCAUCCCAGGUCUACCCGGAUAGGGCCCCUGAACCAGAUGCCCCGGGGAGCUCCGCACGGGAGGCACCUGCCAGCCCCCAGGCUGAGCCAGCCCCCAGACCAGGACAAGGGAACAAGCUGAGACUCCACCCCCAGCCUCUCCCCCUGCCCCGCCCCACACCCCAACCCCCUCCCCCAGCACCCCCGCUCCCUCCCCCAGCACCCCCUCUCCCCCCAGCUGCCCCUCCUUUGCCCUCUGCUGAGAAGGCAACCCCUCCACCUGCUAGGUUUAUGAAAAGCCCCAAAUCCAGCUCUCCUGCUCCCAAACCCAAACCCAGCCCCCCCAGCCCAGAGGACACAGGCUCUUCAGAGAACACAGCCUCUUCAGAGCCCGUGGACUGGCGGGACCCCAGCCAGAUGGCAAAGCUUCGGAGCGAGCUGGCAGCCUACCUCUUUGGCUCCAAGAGAGAGGACCGAGGCACCAGUCACAGGCCAGGCCCGACGGCGGCCUCUCCGGGAAAGGAAGACAGGAAGGGCCCCGGCCUGCCGGAGAAGGAGAUCCCCCCAAGUGAUCCCGAGAAGAGUCCCCGCCCAGACAGAGAGGCCACCGCCAGCCUGCCCCUGCCCCUGCCCCCUGCGGACUACACCCCCCAGGACUCUCCGAUGAUCAGUGUCCAGCAGAUCCGGAGUGAGCUGGAGGCGCGGCUUUCGGCAUCGGCGGAGAAGGAACCCAAGCCCAGCAUCGGGUCUCUGCCCCCUAAGCCUCGGCUAGAAGGGGCGAGAGUCUUUGAAAACAGAGCUGCUAAUGGCCAGUGCUCCAAGCCCGUGGCCAAGAACACGCCACCCCUCUCCACCACCGCCCAGCCAACCACACCACACCAGUCCAAGGCCAUGCCCGGGCCAGCCACACCACCCAAGUCCACACCUGCUGCAGCCGCGCGUGGGCCGGCCACACCACCCACAGCCACCCCCCUGCCCGCCGCGUCAUUCCCAACGACAGAGAAGAAACUGGCCCCAGCCGAGCAGAGGAAGAAACCAGAACCCCAAGAAUUCGCAGCGCCUUCCCAGCCAGAGGCAGAAGGGCGCCCCUCGGAGGCCAGGAAGCCUCCUACACAGGGAGCCCUGUCCCCUCCAGCCCUCCCACCAAAGAUGUCCCCUGGGAGAGAAGAGGUGACCUGUCUCUACAAACCCCAUCGCAGCCAGAACAGCAGCCAGAACAGCCCCAGCCGCGAGGUUGCCGUGGUGAUGCCCACCAUGGCCAGAGGAGCGGCUGCGGGGUCAGGGGAGGCUGUGGAGGUGGGGGAGCCCCAAGGGCUGCCAGCCAAAGCCCCAGCCCCUGCCCAGCCUGCAGACGAACUCCUCAGGCACCCGGUGACCGGGGAGGUGGUGGAGCGGGGCUCCCCGAUGGCCCUGCUCCUGGCAGCCAGGCAGAGGGCACAGAAGGGGCGGUCUCGAGGGGCCGGACUGGCUGGGUCCUCCCUGCCCGGGAGUCUCCGAGGGCAGCCCCAGGCAGGCUCCGACAGCAUCUUCCUUAGGAAUGGCCAGCCCAACUCCUUCACGGUGGUCCCCAAGCCUCCCACCGAGCCUGAGAAGGGCCCCCAGCCCCCCGCCUCUGCACAGCCCCGUCCGUGGAAGGCCCAGCUGGGCAGAGACCCGGAGAACACAGAGCCCAGCCGAGGGCACAGUUGGACCAAGGCGGAGCCCCAGGCCCCUGUGGCCUGGGACCGGUCCGCCUCCUCCAACCUCCCCCAGGCCCGCGCGCUGCCCAAGUCCUUCUCGUCCCCUUCCUCUCCCUCCUGCAAGAGGGAGGAGGAGGAGUUCAGCUUCGAGGUCAUCCCGCCCCCGCCCGAGUUCAGCAAUGACCCUGAGCCUCGAAAGCUCCAGUACCUGGGCCGCCGGGCCUCCCCGUCUCCCCGCAGCACCCCCCACUAUGGAAGCCCCAUCAACACGUUCACCGUGAGGCCUGGGACCCGCCAUCCCAUCUCCUACGCCUACCCAGGGGCCCAUCCAGGGGCCCAUCGGAAUGCCCUGUCCUGAGCCCCGGGGGGGCCUGGCAGCUCUCCUCCGAGGGGUCGAUCUGGGCACUGGUUUUCGUGGGGGUGGGAGGGGUGCAGCCGGACUCAGACACAGAGGAGUCUUUGUUCCCGAAAGACAGAGAGAUGGACAAGACAGAGAGAUGGACAGCCAGCAAGAAGCAGUGGCCAGAGGAAGAUCCGAGUGGGCCUCUGUUUCCCAGGGAGCUGUGGACGGCCUGCGGAUGGGGGGGAGGGGAAGGAGGGAGGAGAGGAGGGCCUGGAGCCUGGCUUUCUGCUAUCUGGUACUAUCUGCCUGAGUAAGGCUCAUUUAGAGCAGUUUUGCAAGCACGGCCUACUGAGCAGGUUCUAAAAACAAGGGGCGGGGCAUUAAACCUGAAGGGGAACUGGUCUUGGGGUGGCUGUGAUUGCUGUCAGGCCCUCAUGAAGGGCUUGGCGGGUGGGGGUGAGGGCACCAUAGGUUGCUCUCUCCAGCCUCCAUCAGUUGCCACCCCCAGAGCUGAUUCCUGGGGCUCCUAGCAUAGGAGGUGGGACUGGGAAUGUGCCCACACAGCAUGUGGAGAAGGUGCCAGGCAGUGCUUUGCACUGAUUGGCCGAGGGAGGGGUCGCGGGGAAUUGAUGGUUCAUUUCUCUCUGGCCCUGGCCUGCAGCUCUAGGGAGCCCUAAAGGAAGAAGCCUUGGCAAGUCCGGGUUGGGAGACAGAGAAUGAAGGCUGACUUUUCUCCUUGGACCUGGGCCCCGUGAUCUGGAGAUUGGGCUCCAGGAACCAGAAGGCCGAGGGCUCAACACCAAAAGCCUUACAUAGCCGAGUCCCACCAGGGGUUUGGAGGGGGCAUCGUUCCCAGCUCCUCCUCCCAACCCCCGUGCUAGGUCCCCGAUAUUAGUGAGGCCUUGAAAUGUGUCACCACAAUUCUGUGAGGUGUUGGAGAGUGGGAGGUGGCAGAGAGGGGAGAUGUGAUCUGAGAGAUCUUUGCCAACAGGCAUCUUUCAGAAAGUCCAGAGCGGUGGGACUGGGCCGGUCCAGAGCAGGGACCCUCGGUAGGGUGGCCGUGCAUCCUUCACCUGAGCAGUCCUGGCGUGUGCCUGGUUUCCAGUGAAUCAGACCCCCUUCCGCUCUCAUUAAAGUCCUGGUGUGGAUGAUACGUGGUCGCCAAACAUGUCAGGAAGCAGCGUUCCUCGGUCUGCCCUCCCUGCCUUCAGGGCUUGGUGGGCCGGAUUCCUGGGACCAGGCCGAGGCAGGCUGCCUGGUGAGGAGGGACAGCAGGGAGGGGCCCACCGCAGAGGUGCAAGCCUGGCGUGGGCAGCAAGGAAGGGGUUCCCUUUGGGGAAGGAUGGUGGACCUCUGUGAUUUGUGGUGACCUGCCGAGGUGCCAGCUUAUGGGGACAGCAGGUGAGCCACUCCAGGGAGAGAGAGACCAGGAGAGGGCAGGCACCCUCGUGGGCAGGACCUUGUGUUCAAGAAGCGAACGCCGCCCGGCACUCACUGGCUCUGUAUGUAUGUGUCUUCCCUGUACAUGUUUUAUAAGAGCCCCCUAAUUUAUCUGCUGUGUUAGGGCUGAGGGGUGGGGCGUGGGCUCCCAGCUGUAGCUUGCUCCGGGUGGGUGGGAAGGACAGGUUCUCACGUGGCUUGAGAAAUGCACAGGCCAGUGGGGCCUGGCCUCCAGCUCUGUGGCUGCAGGUUGGUGACUCGGAGCUCACAGGGCGCGAGGAGAGGUUGGGAGAGCUCGGAGGGAAGGCUGAGCACAGGGUGGUGGCUGCACUGACGGGUGAGCCAUUCCGCUGGACCCAAACGUUCUCUCUGACCCUUCGGUUCUCUUGUUCUCCAAAUCCAUCAGGGGGAGGAGCAGAGCUGAAGCCUGGCGAUAACCAGCUGUCCUUCAGCAAGUCUCUGGCUCCCUCAACCGUGGUUCCUUCUGUGCACCAGGCAUGACCCUGAUAGCUACCUCAUAAGGUUGUUGUGAAGACCGGAGACAGUCCUGAGUUCAUUUAACAAGUAUUGGAGUGACCACUAGGGGCUGGCCCUGUGCUGAGCAUGGAGGUACAGCAGUCAGUACGCUGACGUGACUCCUGCCCAUGGCAAGAUUGUAGCGGAGUGGAGGGGAGAGGGGAUGAAAGGAGCACACAGGAAGGAACAGGGAACGUGAGGAUAACCGGAAGGUGAGGGAGAGCAGUGGAUUUAGUCUAACCAGGCAGUCAGGGAGGCCUCCUGAAGGGGUGACAUUUAUGCCGAUGUCGGCAAAGCAUCCAGCACAUGCCUGGCUCUUGGUAGUUGCUCAAUAAAGUGCAUCUUUGGGUGAUGACGACUUCA